AACAAAGACUAGGAGAACCCCCAUUUGGCCCGUUCAACUGGUGGAGCUGUCUUAUGAAAUCUAACACCUAACUAGGAGAAGGCCGAAACAGUCGGUUUACGCCAGGCUACUGGCUUCUGAGAUCUCCUCUUGCUCCUGAGAUCUUCCACUAAUUCCUCCGAAUCCCCCUGCCGCUUCUCAUCCUCAUCCUCGCCCUUUGUCCCCCCUUGAAGGAACCCUCGUUUACCUAGGAAGCUUCGAUCCAAAAAAUUCCCCAAAUCCUACGGGAGCUCUUCGGCUGUUCCUUUCGUUCGCUCUUUACAAAUGGAGGCGCUCAUUUCUGCAGUUCUUGGGGAUCUUAUCAGCAGAGCCGUAUCCAUCGUGGUCAAGAAGUGCGCCGACAAGCAGACAACCACCGAGGAGGAUCUGCAGAGGCUGCAGCAACUGCUCCUGAGGAUAUCUGCAGUCGUUGAGGAGGCUGAGGGGCGAUGCGUCACAAAUCAAGGCAUGAUCCGUCAGGUUAGCAUGAUGUUAAAGCAAAUAUUCAGAGGGUACUACCUUCUCGACUCCUUCAAGUGCAUACAUAAUAAGACCGACGACGGCGAUGAGGAGGUGAGUCACUCCUUGUUUGCUCAAUCCAAAUUUAAUCCGGCUAAGCGCUUUCGCUGCCUAUCUAGCAACAGUCAAAUUAAGAGUAUGUUAAUUGGUAGAGACAGCAGUAAGGAGUUGAAACAGGUUGUUCUUGGACUAGAAAGCAUGGUUGCUGAUAUGAAGGAGUUUGCUAUAUUUGUAAUGAGCUACCCUCGCAUGUACCGGCAACCAUAUGGGGCGUAUUUGUUUUUGGAUAAGUGUAUGUUUGGGCGUCAAAUGGAGAGGGAACAAGCCAUCAGCUUCUUGCUACAAGUUGAGCCCCCAGGGGAUGGAAAUUUGGGUGUCCUUCCAAUCAUCGGUCCUGCAUUUAUCGGAAAGAGCACUCUUGUGGAACAUGUUUGCAGGGAUGAGCGUGUGCGCGAUCAUUUCUCCUUGAUCUUGUUCUACAGAGGAAAUGACCUUACAUAUGAAACAGUGACAACUUUUAGAGAUCAUUGUGUGAUCAAGCAUCAAAAUAUUGCCUCAGCUGAAAAGAGGUCGUUGGUUGUCAUUGAGAUCUUAGGGGACGUGGACCAAGGGGCAUGGAAGAGGCUGAUGCACACUUAUGAAAGAUUUAUGGCACAUGGGAGUAAAAUUAUAAUCACUAGCCGUUCAGAGAAGAUCGUUAGUGUUGGAACAAGGGAAGCCAUCAAGCUGAACCUUUUGUCUAAAGAAGCGUACUGGUAUUUCUUCAAGAUGCUUGUGUUCGGUAGCACGGAUCCGGAGGACCAUCCAAAGUUAACAUCCAUAGCCAUGGAGAUAGCCCUAGGGAUACACGGAUCUUUUAUGUCCGCCUAUGUUGUUGCCGCCCUACUGAGAGAAAAUCUCAGUGCUCAGUUCGGAUGCAGGGUUCUCAGACAGCUUAGGGAAAACACACAGAAGAAUACCUUGAUGUUCGGUGAAUAUCUUGAGGAUCAUAUGUCCCGGUACGUCUGGAGCAUUGCUGGAACACGUCAAGGUUCCGAGGAUCGUAAGUUAUUUCUGCUACAUGCUAGUUACCAAAAGGAUCCUGCAGCCGGAGGUGAGGUUCCAAGGAUAACAAUGGUGGAUCUUCUAUCCAGGAGCUCUAGCGCUAUGCCGCGCAAAUUUGAGGUCUUGUGGUGGAGGUCCCUCAUACCACCAUACUAUAGCUACAUAUAUGAUUGUGAGUUUGUGCGGAACACCACACCAUAGUUAUCACAGUGUUUGCUCGAUUAA